CAUUGUUGUAACAACAAGCUUCUAAAGCGACAUUCAGGUCGAAUAUCGGCGUCUUUUUCUACAGAAAUACACAGAGUGAUCGUCAGCAGUCAUGGCUCGUACUAAGCAGACAGCUCGUAAAUCUACAGGAGGUAAAGCUCCUCGUAAACAACUGGCCACUAAAGCCGCCCGCAAGAGUGCGCCCUCUACUGGAGGGGUUAAAAAACCCCAUCGCUACAGACCCGGUACCGUGGCUCUGCGUGAGAUCCGUCGCUAUCAGAAAUCCACCGAGCUGCUGAUCAGGAAGCUUCCGUUCCAGCGCCUGGUCCGAGAGAUCGCUCAGGACUUCAAGACGGACCUGCGCUUCCAGAGCGCCGCCAUCGGAGCCCUGCAGGAGGCGAGCGAGGCGUACCUGGUGGGUCUGUUCGAGGACACGAACCUGUGUGCCAUCCACGCCAAGCGCGUCACCAUCAUGCCCAAAGACAUCCAGCUGGCACGCCGAAUCCGCGGAGAGCGCGCUUAACCCCCCUCACCCUCCCACUAACUUCUUUUCCUGUCUGUCUGUCUGUCUGUCUGUCUGGGUUUGUGUGUGUGUGUGUUUUCUAUCUGUCUGUCUCCAGGAUCACAGUAACACUGUUAUUAGACGUGUGAGGGCGUGUAGGUUAGAUCAGGCAUAUCCGGGGUAUUUAACGGGCACGUCCACACGGGUGGCAUCCUCAUUCUGAUCUGCCUCCACAACAAUGAAAAAAGCAGCUCGAGUGGCGCAGCGGUAAAACACUCUCGUCGGUUCGAAUCUCGGCUCCGUUACCGGCAGGCUGGGCGGCUACACGAACAACGAUUGGCUGUUGUUACCUCAUAGCUGAUGCAGUUACUCCCUCUGCUGGCAGAUUGCUGGUGCUGCACAGAGUCGAGGAAUAAUGCUGAUCAGGGUGUGGCUCUCCGUACACAAAGCUGAUCCGCUUAUGAACUCGCCUCGCGCAGGUCGGCUGCCGCACACGUGUCGGUUCUAUCACGUACGUGGUUGAAUGACAAUAAGAGAGUCUGAGUCUGCAGGGGGCGUGUUUUAGUCUCGCUCUCCUCAAUCACAGUGGAGGUCUGCAGCAGUAGAGAGGAAGCGUAAUGCAAUCGGGUACUUGGAUACGACUAAAUUUGGGAAAAAUGCAAAAUAAAAAUCCAGCUGGCAGCUAAACGGCUUCAAAUAUGAAUGUUGAUGCUAACCGAGCGUCCUGUAGUGGCGGCGGGUCGGUGCCGGUCGUGUGACGUGUUCGUGAUGCCUCUCCGUGGAAACGUCUUUCAGCCUCCUGAUUGGCUGCAGGAUUCAUUGUUAGGGCUGAUGGGAUCCGAUCUGGGGUGCUUCCACUCAUCACUGGACGGUGUUGAUGAUCAGUGUGGGGUGUUUUUAUAUUGUAGGAUCAUUACUAGUGUGGGUUUGUAUUUGUGUUUCUGAGCAUCACCAGCUAGACGAGGACAGUACCAGUUUUUUACUUUAGUUUGUUUUCUGAAUGAAUAUUUCUCUUCACGUACCGUCCGGUGUGUCGUGUCUUUGUGGCGGCGAGUCUGAACGAUAAAACCGCGACCGAUCGGACCGUGUGCGCUUCGGUUUGGACGGUGCGGUGCGCUCGGCGGGGGGCCGCUCAGGUUUUUCUACGUUGUGUUUUUUUGUAUGAAGCAGGAAUUUGUGUAUCAGAAUUUAUUCAGCAGAAAAAUAAAGAUUGUUUUUCCCUCUCA